UUCACAAUCACAAACCACAACUAGAGUAGCGCCUCCAUCAGAAACUAAAAAUCUUCACAAGAAGUGGAUCUAGUGCGCAUACCAUUGUGAAGUGCCGAUGUAAGGAAUCCAACGCGCUGUUUACAAAAAGAUUGCAGUGGAUUUGUAACUUCAAUUGUCGUUUACUGAGUUUUCUGCAUCUGGACUUUCUAUGGUUUUGGAGUCAGAAAUGAUGGCUACUUAUCAAAGCCCGGAGGAGGAGGCUAUGGCGUUGAUGAUCCAUGACACGAAUACGACCAAAGAGAAAGAACGAACCAAAGAGGAGCCGGUGCAGGACAAGAGCGUAGAGAAGCCGGAUCCGACCCAAAAGCCACCAUACUCCUACGUGGCCCUCAUCGCCAUGGCGAUCCGCGAGAGCUCCGAGAAGCGCCUCACGCUGUCCGGUAUCUACCAAUACAUCAUCAGUAAGUUCCCCUUUUAUGAAAAGAACAAGAAGGGAUGGCAAAAUAGCAUCCGUCACAACCUGAGCCUCAACGAGUGCUUCAUAAAAGUUCCGCGGGAAGGCGGUGGCGAGAGAAAGGGGAACUACUGGACACUGGACCCGGCCUGUGAGGACAUGUUCGAGAAGGGAAACUAUCGCAGAAGGCGCAGGAUGAAGCGCCCGUUCAGACCUCCGCCAACUCACUUCCAACCUGGUAAGUCGCUGUUUGGAGGCGACGGCUACGGUUAUCUCUCCCCACCCAAGUACCUGCAGACCGGUUUUAUGAACAACUCGUGGUCCCUCGGCCAGCCACCUGCCCCGAUGUCCUACGCGUCCUGUCAAAUGGCCAGCGGCAACGUGAGUCCGGUCAACGUCAAGGGGCUGUCUGCGCCUUCUUCCUACAAUCCUUAUUCACGAGUGCAGAGCAUGGCGCUGCCCAGCAUGGUGAACUCUUACAACGGCAUGAGUCACCACCAUCAUCCCGCGCACCCCCAUCACACUCAGCAGCUCAGCCCGGCCACAGCUGCGCCGCCCCCGGUCUCAUCCAGCAACGGCGCCGGGCUCCAGUUUGCCUGCUCCCGCCAGCCCUCGGAGCUCUCCAUGAUGCAUUGCUCGUACUGGGAACACGAGACCAAACACUCGGCCUUACACACGAGGAUUGAUAUAUAGUCUGAGCGCUCUUGAAUGAGAGUAAUUCCUGUAAUUUCAAAACAACCAUCGGACUAUUUGAAGAGACUUUCUGGCGUGUUGUUUGUGUCUGACACACGACGCAGCUGGGAGUUUUAUGCACAUCAAUUCAAAGUCAAAA